GAGGACGCUGACGGACACAAAGGGACAAGCGAUUGCUUUAACGAGGGGAAUGGACGGCCAUAGGUGCCAGGAGAUCGGUAGGAGUAGCAUCUUAGUGGAAUGUUAAGGAUUGAUAGUCUCUUGUACAUUUUUGGGCCGGGUCGCCUUUCGGGGUGAUUCGGAAACUCUUGGUCUAUGAUGAGUCUCGACGGCUUCUUGGAAGUUCUCUCCUUACUCCCACACAGAUGAAACGGUAGCGGCUGAACAAGGUAUCACCGACUACAGUACUGAAAAAGGCCGCUGCUGGAUAUUCCAGAACACGUACAGAUCAGGGGCCAAGGAAUAUACGAACACGCACAUCUUCUUCUUUCGGGUACUUGUUGUUACUUGUGCCAUUGGUUGAAAUUUUGUGGGAAUAGGUCGUCGCGUGCGUCGUUGCUCCGCGUGGUAGUUUCUUUGUUCUUGUGGUUACGUUGACCCGUGAGACUAUGAUCUACGUAACACGCCCACUCCAGGUUGAUUUUGCGUAUUCGGGUGAGGACUUUGCCACCGAAGAAGACAAGCAGAAGCACAUUUUUGCACAUCCACACCGCCGCUCUCUGUUCUUGGAAGCCGGAGCGCCUCUCUCUCUUCCGAGUGCGGGUGAGGGAAAAUGUGCAAAGAAGGGCGGCAAGAAAGCAAAGGGCAAAGGCGUGCGGGCGAAGGCACAGGCCGCGCACGCGCAGCAAGUUGGUGACUUAGAUCUUUAGCGGGAGACUGUAUCACCGUCUGAGGCAUCUGGAGUGUCUCGAGGGGUGUGUAUCUAUA